AAAAAAGAGGAAGAAAAAAAUUGUGACAAAAACUCAACUGGGUUCGCUUGGUUAUAAACUCCUCCCUGUUUGGUGCGGCAGCAAUGAGUGGGAAAUCCUUGCUCUUAAAAGUCAUUCUCUUGGGUGAUGGUGGAGUUGGGAAAAGCUCACUUAUGAACCGUUAUGUAACUAAUAAGUUUGACUCCCAGGCUUUUCACACCAUAGGGGUAGAGUUCUUAAAUCGAGAUCUAGAGGUAGAUGGACGCUUUGUGACCCUCCAGAUCUGGGAUACUGCAGGACAGGAACGUUUCAAGAGCCUUCGGACGCCCUUCUACAGGGGAGCAGACUGUUGCCUCUUGACCUUCAGUGUGGAUGACCGGCAGAGCUUUGAGAACCUAGGUAACUGGCAAAAAGAAUUCAUCUACUAUGCAGAUGUGAAAGACCCUGAGCAUUUCCCCUUUGUAGUUCUGGGCAACAAGGUAGACAAAGAGGAUAGGCAAGUGACUACUGAGGAGGCCCAAGCCUGGUGCGUGGAGAACGGUGAUUACCCUUACCUAGAAACUAGUGCCAAAGAUGAUACUAAUGUGACAGUGGCCUUUGAAGAAGCUGUCAGGCAGGUGUUGGCUGUAGAGGAACAGCUGGAACAUUGCAUGUUAGGUCACACCAUUGACUUGAACAGUGGCUCCAAAGCAAGUUCUUCAUGCUGUUAAAAAUAGGAAGCCUUGUGCACCAAAUUGGAUAGUGAGUGGUGUAAGAAUUACUGUGCCCCUCUAAGUGUGCACAAACACAUAAAAAGGUAACAAUAAGGUUCUGACUAUGAAACAGAGCCUUUCAAAUUGAAUUUGUAGAGCGAGUAUUUAAAAAAAAAAAAGCAUUAUUACACCAAGUGUAUUUUGUGUGAUUUCUGCUGUUUUCCCUUCUUGUGUGUCUCAGGAUAUUUCAGAAAAUUUUGGUCCUGAGAGGUUUAAAUGUUUUAAAAUCACUACUGAAACCUAGAAUCCAGCCACAUGAAGGAGUGAAGGGGUUACAGCUAUCCCUUACAGUGUCCCACUGAUCAAUUAGCAAAUGUCACUGUCAAACUCUUGCCAAGCAGUUUCUAACCUAUUUGCCAAAGGGGAAAAAAUAAGACUGAGCUAUGUUACAGAGAAAACAGUGAUGAGAACAAGGAUUCUCAAGCGUGAAUUAUAAAAAUGGAUGAUGUGUCAUGUAAACGUGUAAUGAUGUAAACUGAUUUAUUUAAAUUCUUGUGUAUAGUUUUCUCCCAUUUGCGCUUUUCAAAACAAUACCAUCCCAAUCAGGGAUAUUGUAAUGACACUGGAAAUUUAUUAUGAUCCAUGUAUUUGAAGUCACAGGAUACUAAUAAAUGGACUGUGCUUAAAUAUGCCAACCACCUUUGCAAAUAACUGGUUGGUCUGCUUUUUCUUUAUAAAUAUACUGUUGCUGCAUAGAGAUGUUGCUUCUCUGACAACCUCUUAUCAAUUUAGCAGUGCUGCUUAGUACAUGGCUUUGGGUGCCUUGCUCUCUGCUCAUAAUUUAGAUGGUCCUUUGGUCCACCGUGCUGGCUAAUGAAGAAGGCAUCAGAAAAGAUUGAGAGAUAAUGGAUUUUUUCCUACAGUGUUCCUUAAACUCAAAUAUUUAUUGUACAAAAAGGAACUUAUUUCUUGUGUGUUGUACUGUAUAUUUAGCUGGUCAAACCAGGAUAUUGAAAGUGACAAAAGAGAUUUUUAACCUCGUGUUACGAUGAAUUUCUCAUAAUUUGAGUUGUCUGACAGUGGAAUAGACUGCCUUAAUAGUGGACUCCCUCCCAGUGAAAAUAUUCACUGAUAACCGUCUGUUAAAAAUACUAUAAAAAGAAUUUUUUCACUGGCUACAUGUUUAUUAUAAGAUCGCUUUCAGCUCUCAAUGCUGGGAAUUUAAAAACCGUAUCUAUGCCAUGUUAUGAUUAUAUUGAUCUUCAAGUAACAGCUAAGACUAUGGAGAGAGACAAAAACUUCUCCAACUAUUCUGUGAUCAGCCUUUAAUUAACAGCAACUAUAUAGCUCUUCUUUUUGUUUUGCACUGUGGCAGGUAAAAUUCUUAAUCUCAGAGACAAACAUCCUGAAGAUGCAUAUUAAAAGCAAAAAUGUUUGAUAACUUUUGAUUACCAUGACUGCCAACUGUAUAGUGUACUCUGAGUAUGAACUCUAGUUCUUGUUGAUUGUUCGUUCUACAUAGUUUUUAAUCUGUACUUUAAAAUGUUUGUGGUAAAAAUUGGGACCCAGUAUAGUGAGGGACAGUUAGAAAUGAUCUCCCAAACAGAUCUAGGUCAAGGGAGGAGUGGGAGCUUUUACAGGAAUACAGCCUAGAACUCUCCAUUAGAGCCACAUAUGGAAUCAGCCUUACAUGUGGGACCUUAUGUACUUUAAGAGCUCUGAGACUUUUGGCCACAUAGACAAGAAGAUAGUAUUUCAACCCAGUUAUACUCAAUAUUCCCAAUAAAAUAGACUCUUGGCCCCAUUGUCCAAUUAACUUUGAUGCCGGAAGUCAAAGCCAGAACCUGAACCCAACAGCUCUUAAGUAUUGGUUCCUAUCCUGCCUCUGCCUAUAGCUAGCCACACAGGUUUCGAAGUUCUAUGAUCAUUUUCCUACAAUCGUGUUACUGUGAAAAUCUAUAUGUCAGACCUGGUAAAUGAGAAUUCUUUUUAAGUGCAUGAGACCUGGAGCCUUCUCUUUCUACUUGCACUCUGCUUAUAAUAGUUUCUCUUUGUAGAUCUCAGGCCUUUGUAAAGACCUCCAGCAAUUCACAGAAGUAUUUGUGUCCUACUGUGGCAUGUGGUCAUUUGAAUAAAAAAUGAUGUAAGUGUUUGAUUUGUAGGCAUCCUGUCCAUCUAAGAAAAGGGUUAAUUUUAUCAUCAGAUCACUUGAAACCCCUUUCCUCUUAGCCAUGCCAUUUUUUUUCCUUUCAAAUUACAACACAGUACGUUAGUGAAAGCACUUAACAUGCAGUGACAGAAAUAACAGCGUUUUGGUGAGUAACAGUAAGUGAAGUAGAGUUUGGGUAAAAUUAAAAACACCAAAGGCUGAAAUCUGUGAAUAUCAGGAUCUGUGCACAUAAGUUUAGUAUUGACUAUGUACUCUAGAAUGUGCAGUGCAAUAUUUUCAAUAGAUGUUUUUUAAUGAACACUAGAUUUUUGGAAUAAUAUAUUUCUAAUUAGAAAGACAGUGUUUUUCAAAGGUCUGUUAAAACAUCAUACAGAUAUUCACUUAGUUUAUUUCCAUGUAUUGGCUAAUUUUUGGGGUCCUCAGAUUCCAUAUGUCUUCAAUGGAUUGAUGAAUUUCUGAUUUAUUUGUGUCUGCCUCAGCCAGCUUGACUUUAUCCUGAGGCAUUCCACAAUCCUCUUGGUGCAGGUGCUGCUAAAAAUCUCAAAAUUAUGUAUCAGAUAUUUUCUUUCAACUGUAAAAAUAUCAUCUGUGUUAAAGUGAAUAAAAAGCGCAUUUUGAAUAA